AUGAAUAAUGGCCAAGAGGGGCAAUGCUCCAAUAUUGAUGAUAAUAGAAGACGAAUGAAGGCAAUGGCGGUAUUGAUGGUGGCGCUGAUGGUGGCGCGACCGUCUCGCGUGUUGGCGCAGGAAACCGCAGCAGAGGCUCUCUUGAAAUUCAAAACCGGCCUAGUGAACGCGGAUCCCGCAUUGGGGUCAUGGAACCCGUCGACGCCACCGUGUAACUGGGCGGGCGUGGACUGCUACAACGGGUACGUGUGGGGCCUGCAGCUCGACAACAUGGGCCUCCAGGGCCAAAUCGACGUGGACGCUCUGGUCGGCCUGCAAACUCUGCGCACACUCAGCUUGAAAAACAACAACUUCCAGGGGACCAUGCCCGACUGGCGGAAGCUCCCCGCCCUCACUUCCUUGCAUCUCUCCGGCAACCAGUUCUCCGGCGAGAUCCCCGAUGACGCUUUCACCGGCAUGGAUUCACUGAAGAUGGUCUAUCUCUCUAGCAACAAAUUCACCGGCCCCAUCCCCACUUCCCUAGCUUCGCCUACAAUGCUGGAGCUCGGCCUCGACAACAACCAGUUCUCCGGUACCAUACCGCCUUUCCCCUCUGGUAACCUCCAGAUCUUCAACGUCUCCGGAAAUCAGCUCCAGGGUCCCAUUCCCCCGUCUCUACGCAACUUCGAUCCUUCCUCUUUCAUAGGAAAUUCAGCGUUGUGCGAGGGAGACUCGUGCGAGGCCUCGCACCCUUCCGCGAAGCGUAAAAAAAAACUAUCUCCGGCAAUGAUAUUUAUAAUCAUCCUCGGCACUCUGCUUGCUCUGUUUCUUCUUCUCCUACUGCUUCUUCUCCUGUGUCUAUGGUGGAGCCUCGAGGACGACGACUACGAAGACGACGUUGAGACGCCACGGACGAGAUUGGAGAUGGCCUCGCCCCUGCAACAAUCGACGAAGCUAUCGUUCGUGAGGGACGACAGGCACAAGUUCGACCUGCAGGAUCUGAUGAGGGCCUCCGCGGAGGUGCUCGGGUCAGGGAACUUCGGGGGGUCGUACAAGGCCGUGCUCGUGGACGGGGAGGCCCUCGUGGUGAAGAGAUUCAAGCAGAUGACCGACGCCACGAAGGACGAAUUCCACGAGCACAUGAGGGUGCUGGGGGGGCUGCAGCACCCCCAUAUCCUCCCUCUGGUAGCGUAUCUAUACCGGAAGGAGGAGAAGCUUAUCGUGUUUGAUUUUGUGGCCAACGCCAGCCUCGGGAAGCACCUCCACGGCGACAGGAGACGGACAGAGGGGUGGCCGAGGCCGCUCAACUGGCUGUGCCGGUUAAAGGCCAUCAAGGGGACAGUGAGGGGGCUGGCAUACCUUCACAAGGAGUUUCCCGGGUUAGAAGCCCCCCACGGCCACUUGAAGUCGUCCAACGUCCUGCUCGAUAGCAACUACAACGCCCUGCUCAUGGACUACACGCUCGGCCCGGUGGUCAACCCGGCCCAGAUCAGCGAGGCGCUGGUGGCGUACAAGUGCCCCGAGUAUGCCAUGAGUGGGCGGACGUCAAGGAAGUCGGACGUGUGGUGCUUGGGGAUUUUGAUACUGGAGACGCUGACCGGGAGGGACGUGGGCAGGUACCUCGGGCAGGGGGGGCUGUGGUACGGGGCAGAGCUGGCCGGGUGGGUGAAGGGGAUCGUUGAGGAAGCGAACGAGAAAGGGGCGGUCGGGGUGUUCGACAAGGGUAUGGAGAUCAGCGCGGAGGCGGAGGCAGAGAAGCUUUUGCAGAUUGGGAUAUGGUGCUGCCAAGAGGAGCUGGACAAGAGGUUAGAUUUGGUAGAUGCACUUGCAAAGAUUGAGAAGUUGCAUGACUAA